AGGUGGUGGUGGUGGUGGACUGCAUUUCUAGAGUAGUAUAGUUGUUGGCAUCUCCUUGUUCUUCUCCUUUUGUUCUUGUUCUUUCUCCUUUCUCUCAUUCAUUAGGUGCACCAAUAAGCAAAGCCAAAGGCCGUUCAAAGGAAAAGAAUCAAAAAGGAGAAGAGGGAAGGAGAAGCGGAAGUGUCAAACCUUGCACACACACUGGUUUUUAUUUUCCCUGGGCAUAGUUUUUUUCUUGAGUCUUUAUAUUGCUUUUCGCGGCUGCUGCUGCUGCUGCUGCUGCUGAUGGAUGGCUUGCUGGCUGGCCGGGAAAUGGUUUUGGGUUCGUUGGGCUGCUGCUGGUGAUCUAUCAAUUCUGCUCCUAUCUCAAGAACAGAACCGAAAAAGCCAACACCAGCCACUUGAUUGAUGAUUGGGAAGAAGAAGAAGCACAAGAAGAGACAACACGCAUUCAUUUCUCAAAUGAUUCUUCUCCUGUGGGUUGGAUUCAAGGGAUUCAGCUGGAAGAUCAGCAUCAUCAUUGAUUCAUGUGGGUGGGAUCGUGAAAGCAAGGGGAAAUUGGAUUUGUGGCAUGGUCAGCCUCCCCUCAACGCAAAUGCUCCAUAGGUAGCAGCAGCAGUAGUACACACUCAAAAAGUCAGUAGCAUCACUAGGAUCAGCAAAAGCAUUCUUUUGGUGGGGUGGGGUGGGGAGGACUUAUGCAUGGCUGAUCAAGGCACCGCCAGUGCAAUUGUCCCACUUGUGGUUGCAGCAGCAUCAUCGUCCUCAGCAGGAUUGACAUCACCAGCAUCAGGGGCAGCAGCAGCAGCAACGCCACCGCCGCCGCCAACACUUGAGAUCGAACAACAGCAGCCGCAACAGCAGCAGCAGCAGCAGCAGCAGCAACUCGAGGCCUUGGACAGCAGCCGGGGUGGAGGCGGGGGAAGCCGGGAAUACAGGAAGGGCAACUGGACGCUCCAGGAGACGAUGAUCCUCAUCCAGGCCAAGAAGAUGGACGACGAGAGGCGGCUCAAGGGCGGGGACAAGGAGAAAGGCAAAUCGGCCGAGUUCCGGUGGAAAUGGGUGGAGAACUUCUGCUGGAGGAAAGGGUGCCAGCGCAGCCAGAACCAGUGCAACGACAAGUGGGACAAUCUUCUCCGGGACUACAAGAAGGUGAGGGAGUUUGAGUCCAAAGUGAUGGCCGGAUCAUCCUCUUCGGCUGCUGCUGCUGCUGCUGCUGGGGCUGCUCCCGUGGUGAAUCAAAAGAGCUACUGGCAGCUGGAGAAGCACGAGAGGAAAGAGCGAGGGCUGCCGUCAAACAUGAUCAUCCAGGUUUACGAGGCCCUUCACGAAGUUGUGGACAAGAGACCACGGCCUCUGCUGCAGCAGCAGGCUCAGGCUCAGGUUCAGGUUCAACAGCAGGUUCAGCAGCCGUUCCCGCAGCAGAUUCCCCUUCACCCCCAACAACAACAGCAACAAAUCCAUCAACUCCACCAACACCAGCAACAUCACCAUCAACAACAACAUAUUUUUUCUCAAGUUCACUUGCCUGGACCAAGUAGUGCUGCUGCUGGAGUUCCACUCCAACAAGCUACAGAGGUUUCGAAGAGCACCGAGAGCGAAGGCAGCGAAAUGGAGCGAUCGCCGUCGGGGAAGCGUCGCAAAGUUUCCCGAGAACAAGGCUUGGCCCCGACGGUGUCAAAGAGCGCCUACGAGCUCUCGCAAACGCUGCUAGCCUGCGAAGAGAAAAAGGAUAAGCGUCACAGGGACUUGCUUGGACUCGAGGAACGCAAGCUCGGCUUGGAAGAGGCCAAGACCGAGAUCAGCCGCCAAGGCAUGGAAGGACUCAUCGCGGCCGUCAACAAUCUCGCCAAUGCGAUCCUCACGCUCGUCUCAGAUCGACAGCAACCUCCAGGCUGACUGCUCUAAUCUCGUUUCCUUCUUUCUUUCUUGUUGAUUAUUCUUACCUGACCACCGGCCGCCACUCGAAGAUUAAUUUUUUCUUUUUCUUUUCCGUGAUUUUUUCCCUGAAAUUUUUUUCUCAGCCUGUCGGCUGAACUGCUGUAUCUUUAACCGUUUUUCUUUAAUUUCUUCCGCGUUGUUCCUCUGUAA